CGAGCGCCGGGGAGCCGGUGCAGAGCGGGCGGCGGCGGCAGCGGAGGCGGCGGCUCCAGCCGGCGCGGCGCGGCGCGGGGCUCGGCGGCGGGAUCCGGCAGCGGUGCUCGCGCCGCGCUUGCUGCCUCGCUCCCAGCCGGGGGCGGUCGAAGGGCGAGGCGCGGAGCCCCGGCGGCCCGAGGGCGCGAAUCCAGCCUUGUCCCGUCAUCCCGCCCCCUUGGUUUGGAAGUCUGGGGAAGAGUUUGGUCUGGAGGAGGAGGAGGAGAUUGAUGCGCUCGGUGUGCGGCCAGUGGUAAAGAGAUGGCCGCUCCUGUCCCUUGGGCCUGUUGUGCUGUGCUUGCUGCCGCUGCUGCUGUCGUGUAUACCCAGAGACACAGUCCGCAGGAGGCACCCCAUGUGCAGUACGAGCGUCUGGGCUCAGAUGUGACCCUGCCGUGUGGGACAGCAAACUGGGACGCAGCUGUGACGUGGCGGGUGAAUGGGACUGACCUGGCCCCUGACCUGCUCAACGGCUCUCAGCUCGUGCUCCGUGGCCUGGAACUGGGCCACAGCGGCCUCUACGCCUGCUUUCACCGUGACUCCUGGCACCUGCGCCACCAAGUCCUCCUACAUGUGGGCUUGCCGCCGCGGGAGCCCGUGCUCAGCUGCCGCUCCAACACUUACCCCAAGGGCUUCUACUGCAGCUGGCACCUGCCCACCCCCACCUACAUCCCCAACACCUUCAAUGUGACUGUGCUGCAUGGCUCCAAAAUUAUGGUCUGUGAGAAGGACCCAGCCCUCAAGAACCGCUGCCACAUCCGCUACAUGCACCUGUUCUCCACCAUCAAGUACAAGGUCUCGAUAAGUGUCAGCAAUGCCCUGGGCCACAACGCCACAGCCAUCACCUUCGACGAGUUCACCAUUGUGAAGCCUGACCCUCCAGAAAACGUGGUAGCCCGGCCAGUGCCCAGCAACCCUCGCCGGCUAGAGGUGACGUGGCAGACCCCCUCGACCUGGCCCGACCCUGAGUCCUUUCCUCUCAAGUUCUUCCUGCGCUACCGACCCCUCAUCCUGGACCAGUGGCAGCAUGUGGAACUGUCCGAUGGCACAGCACACACCAUCACAGAUGCCUACGCUGGGAAGGAGUACAUCAUCCAGGUGGCGGCCAAGGACAAUGAGAUCGGGACGUGGAGUGACUGGAGCGUGGCCGCCCAUGCCACACCCUGGACUGAGGAGCCACGACACCUCACCACUGAGGCCCAGGCCCCGGAGACCACGACCAGCACCACCAGCUCACUGGCGCCCCCGCCCACCACGAAGAUCUGUGACCCCGGGGAGCUGGGCAGCGGUGGAGGGCCCUCGGCACCCUUCUUGAUCAGUGUCCCUGUCACUGUGGCCCUAGCUGCUGCUGCCACCACUGCCAACAGUCUCCUGAUCUGAGCCCGGCAGCCCGUGAGGACAUGCCAGCGCACCUGCAGAGGAGCAGGAGGCCGGAGCUGAGCCCGCAGACCCCGGGUUCUAUUUUGCACACGGGCAGGAGGACCUUCUGCAUUCUCCUCAGACACAAUUUGUAGAGACCCCGGCGGGCCCGGGCCUGCCGCACCCUAGCCCCACCACACCACACCGGCCCUCCUCCCUCCCUCAUGGGAGGAGGGCCAUGCAGCUAACCCACCCACCAAAGACACCCCACCCCUGCCCUGCCCCCUCGGGCUGGACCCUCCAAUGCCAGCGACUCCCAGGAGCCCUUGGGGGGCCUGAGGGGAGCCCCUCACCUCCACAGUUUCUCCUCCUGCCCCAGCCUCCUGUCUGUCCCAGGGUCUCUGUUGCCACCAUCAGAUUAUAAGCUCCUGACGCUGGGGGGGGCCCAGCCAUCACCCUCCCUCCAGCGCUCACACUUUUCAGUCCCCCCCCACCCCUCUUUUGUACAACCCCCCUUCCCUGCUCCUACCCCACAGUAUUUAAUGCCCUGUCAGUCCGUUCUAGUCUGACUCCAUGGUAACUUGCUGUAUUUGAAUUUUUUAUAGAUGUAUAUACAGGGAAGGGGGGUGGGGGGUUCUCAUUAAACGCCACCAUUUCAUGA